UGGCGGAGGGACACCGAGGGACGACGGCCGUAGUGCGCACGCGCGGCGGCAGGAACGAGUUCCGGUCUGGCCGGGGCCUGUCUCCUAAAAAUAGCCCCGGUGUGGGGAUCCGUGCGCGGAUGUCCCGGCGAGUCCCGGGCUGAAGGAGGCGGCUCCGGGCGGCGCGGAGCGCUGGUGGCUGGCCGGGGCUGCAGCGUGUGUGCGCUCGCCAGCUGCGCCGGAGACACGGAAUUGCCUUUUGUGAAAAAGGAACAAAGAAGAGUUUUCUGCAAGGAUCAUAUUAAGUGCACUUUUUUGCUGAUACAUCAUUUCUAAUCUUAUAGAAAAUUUCAGCUGUAGCCCUUGGACUAGAAGCUGAAAUAAUAGAAGCUGUGUACGAUGCAUUAGGGUAUUGAAGAAAAUUAAUUUUGAAUUAAAUAUUUGGAGUAUAAGGAAGGAAAGGUGACUGAAAAUGGGGCGGAAGAAAAUACAAAUCACACGCAUAAUGGAUGAAAGGAACCGACAGGUCACUUUUACAAAGAGAAAGUUUGGAUUAAUGAAGAAAGCCUAUGAACUUAGUGUGCUCUGUGACUGUGAAAUAGCACUCAUCAUUUUCAACAGCUCUAACAAACUGUUUCAGUAUGCCAGCACUGACAUGGACAAAGUUCUUCUCAAGUAUACAGAAUAUAACGAACCUCACGAAAGCAGAACCAACUCGGAUAUUGUUGAGGCUCUGAACAAGAAGGAACACAGAGGGUGCGACAGCCCAGACCCUGAUACUUCCUAUGUGCUAACUCCACAUACAGAAGAAAAAUAUAAAAAAAUUAAUGAGGAAUUUGAUAAUAUGAUGCGGAAUCAUAAAAUCGCACCUGGUUUGCCACCUCAGAACUUCUCAAUGUCUGUCACAGUCCCUGUGACCAGCCCUAAUGCUUUAUCCUACACUAACCCAGGAAGUUCACUUGUAUCCCCGUCUUUGGCAGCCAGCUCAACAUUAGCAGAUUCAAGCAUGCUGUCUCCACCUCAAGCCACGUUACACAGAAAUGUUUCCCCCGGAGUCCCUCAGAGACCACCAAGUACUGGCAGUGCAGGUGGGAUGUUGAGCACUUCAGACCUCACAGUGCCAAAUGGAGCCGGAAGCAGCCCAGUAGGGAAUGGAUUUGUAAACUCCAGAGCUUCUCCAAAUUUGAUUGGAACUACUGGUGCAAACAGUUUAGGCAAAGUUAUGCCCACAAAGUCUCCCCCUCCUCCAGGUGGCGGCAAUCUUGGAAUGAACAGUCGAAAACCAGAUCUUCGAGUUGUCAUCCCUCCUUCAAGCAAGGGCAUGAUGCCUCCCUUGAAUACCCAGAGGAUAAGCAGCUCUCAAGCCACUCAGCCUCUAGCCACCCCAGUCGUGUCUGUGACCACCCCAAGCUUGCCUCCGCAGGGACUGGUGUACUCGGCCAUGCCGACCGCCUACAACACUGAUUACUCGCUGACUGGCGCGGACCUGUCGGCCCUGCAGGGCUUCAGCUCGCCGGGAAUGCUGUCUCUCGGGCAGGUGUCGGCCUGGCAGCAGCACCAGUUAGGACAAGCAGCCCUCAGCUCUCUGGUUGCUGGAGGGCAGUUAUCUCAGGGUUCGAAUCUAUCCAUUAAUACCAACCAAAACAUCAACAUUAAGUCAGAACCAAUCUCACCUCCCCGGGAUCGAAUGACCCCGUCAGGCUUCCAGCAGCAGCAACAGCAGCCGCCGCAGCCCCCCCAGGCCCCCCAGCCCCGGCAGGAAAUGGGGCGCUCCCCCGUGGACAGUCUGAGCAGCUCCAGCAGCUCCUACGAUGGCAGUGACCGGGAGGAUCCGCGGGGCGACUUCCACUCUCCAGUUGUGCUUGGCCGACCCCCAAACAGUGAGGACAGAGAAAGCCCUUCCGUAAAGCGAAUGAGGAUGGACGCGUGGGUGACCUAGGGCUCCCAGGCUGGUGCUUGUGCUUCGCGUUGCCGCAGUGAACUGCUAUCCACAUCGGUAAAUAAGGACAGGAGUUAGCUCUAUUUAUAUGUACAUACAUACAUAUAUAUCCCUUUCUAUAUAUAUAUGUAUGUGGGCGUGAGUGUGUGUGUGUGGGUGUGUGUCGCAUUCGGAAUCAGGCACUUAGCUGCCUCGUAGAUCUGCAGAUGUGCGUCCCAUGGCAGACAAAGCACCCUGUAGGCAGAGUCUAGUCUGGCACUUCCUUGGACUACUUGUUUCAUAAGAUAACCAGUUUUUGCAGAGAAACGUGUACCCAUAUACGAUCCUCCCACACUAGCUUGCAGAAACCUAGAGGGCCCCUACUUGUUUUAUUUAACUGUGCAGUGACUGUAGUUACUUAAGAAAAAUGCUUUGUAGAACAGAGCAGUAGAAAAGCAGGAACCGAGAAAGCAAUACUGUACAUAAAACGUCAUUUAUAUUAAUUACCCAGCCUGGCAUGGGUUCUCUGUUGCGGAGGGGUGCAUGGGAAGGGCUGUUGAUAUUUUAAAAAACAAAACAAAAAGCCCCACACAUAACUGUUUUGCACGUGCAAAAAUGUAUUGGGUCAGAGAAGUGAUCUUUAGCUAAUAAAAAAGAGAGAGAGUAGAAAACACGCAUGAGAUAUUCAGAAAAUACUAGCCUAGAAAUAUAGAGCAUUAACAAAAUAAAUUAAUAUAUUAAGUUAUAAUUGGACUAUGUCAGAAGUUUCUUUUUACAUUCAUAUCUUAAAGAAACUGAUUUUAGCUCAUGUAUAUUUUAUAUGAAAGAAAACACCCUUAUGAAUUGAUGACUAUAUAUAAAAUUAUAUUCACUACUUUUGAACACAUUCUGCUAUGAAUUAUUUAUAUAAGCCAAAGCUGUAUGUUGUAACUUUUUUUUAAGAGAAUAGCUUUAUCUUGUUUUAACUUUUAGUUUUAUUUUAAGAGGGGGAAGAAAACAAAACAAUUUAAAAUAUCUUGCAAGCAGAACCUUGGAAAAAAAAAGCCAUGAACACUUAUUAUUCUAUAUGUAAAUUAAAAGUUGAGCCAAACUCUUUGUUGUACAUAGCAUCUUAAAAUAUAUUAUCACCUUUGAUGUAAGUACCUAUGUAUUGUAUGGUCACCAGAUUAAAAAGUAUAUUUUUGUGGAUUGCCGCCAAUUUGGGGGGAAAAGGCGAGAUCCUUAUCAAGUAGAGUAUUCACUGUUUAAUAUUUACUAUUUUGUUAAAUAUACUGUACUUUGGAUUUUAAUUAUUAGCCCAGUCUUUUCAGAGGAUUGUAUAAAGGGGUUUCUCCCCUCACUGGUGGUGAAUGUGUGAUGUUACAUUGUAAUCUUUGUGCUGUAUGGGUUGAGCAUCAUUAUAUAUUUUAUAUGUGUACAUAAAUAGCAAAGUGGCAAAAAAAAAAUGGUGUUAAGUUCAUCUUGCAUAAAUAUAAAAUGUGUUGUAACAGAUUUUAUAAGGCAUUAUUUAAAACUUGCCUUUUGUGAGGAAAAAACUAUAGUAGAAAAAGCUGACCUAAUUUAAUUAAUAUUAGAGAACAUGGCAAAAUAGUAGAUGAGCACAAAGGUUUUAUAAGUGGUAAAUGAUUAGGGAAAAAUAUUUUGGGGGGAAGGGAUCUUUUCUUCCUUGACUCUCUAAAAUAGAAUGAUGCAGCUGGUGACAGAAUCCUACCAUCCUGAACUCUCUGUGCAUUGAAACGACACUCGGGUGUGGGGAGAAAGCCUCUCCUGGGCAGGUCCGUGGCACGGCUGGCGUCCUGACCGACCCCGUGCCGCGCUCCACUCAGCUUUUGAACAAGGCCUUACCCCUCCUGCACGCGGCCGGCGAAGCCGUGGUAGCAGGUUCGUCCGUUUCCUGGGCUCGUGCCACAAACAAAAUUCAAAGUCCUGUAGAUCUUUCAUCAUAGAGUUUUUAAAUAUUCCCUUUCCUGCGAAACUCAAAAUAAGGGUUUAAGAGUUGCUGCUGUUUUGUAUUUUAAACUCAAUAUCGAGCAGCUACCUACAGUUUUUACUUCCGUUUUGCUUUUCCCCCUAAAUUGCCUGCCUUUUGACAAUUUCCUCAUAGUGCAACUUGUGACAAAUCAUCAGUCAGCUUUCCUGACUGACACAUAGGUAUUAGGUACAGGAUAAACCUGCGGCGCUCACGACUACAAAAGUGGAAUUCUCUUUUAAUUUUUGAUUGAGGCCAAAAAAGAGAGGGUGACGUGCUCUCUCCUGCCGUCAGUAUAGACGUUUGGCUCUUCCUCAGAAAGGAUUAGUUUUUCUUUAAAAUGUACUUCUUUUACUGAACUACAUACAGGCACAUUUCUUCAUAAGGUCACACCGGAUUGAAACAAGACAGUCUCCCAACACUGAGUUUCCAAGACGAUCCUUACCACUUUGUAAACCAUUUAUAGCUUUGAAAGUGUUAAGUGAUUCUUUCGUUCCUAUUUAUGCAUGUUCAUGAACUUCUGCUGUACACGGGAUAGGAGUUAACACAUUCACAUUUACUGUCUAUUUUCUUGUGUGCCUUAUGAGAUGGCUUUUCUGACUGUAUCUCAAUAGUCUUUCUUUCUAUGCAGGUUUAUAAUCAGUACAACUACUGUUUUCUAAAAUAAUAUUACACAAGGCUCGGAGUUUGUAUUUCAGUGACACUGACCAAGUAACCAUGUAUUCCGUUUUCAGGAAGCGAGUAUCUGACUGUUAACCCUCUUCCUGUAUGCCCGGUGUGACGUGGCGCAUACGGACAUGACAGACACCCCUCACCCAGACACCAUGUACAGACACACACGCACGCACACCCCCUGGUGGAGACCGGCUCGCAGUGGGGGAGACCCGAUCGGGGUUUCUUUAGAACCGACCUUUCUUACCGUUUUAGACUCCUGUGUUUUUGUAUGGCACCAUCGCAAGAGAAUUUCAUCCUUCAGAUGACGUAUUUUAUUACUAAAAGACAAAAACAAAAAAAGCGUAGAGUCCACCGCACCGGUUGAGGCGCCACCGCCACCAGCCGUGCUUCCCUCCGCGUGCCGCCGCGAGCAGUGCCACCAGCGUCCGUCUGCACAUGGUCCCAAUCGAAACUCCAUCUUUUGAGCCCUAAUUAUGUCCAUUGUGUUCGAGACUAAAUCAGGGGUUUGUUCUGACAGAACAAUAUAUGUUGUACCAUUUCCUUUAGCUAUAAGGACAGCUAGUAAAGCAUUAACAUAUUUUCUUGAUUAACCAUCACGCGCACAAGAAAUACAUAGUAAAUAAGGAACCAGAAAACUCCUGGCGUCGGAUCAUGAGAAGCUAGAUGAGUAGAAUGUGAAAAAGAUUUUACAAAUGUAAAACUUUUAUUUCUCUGUAGAAACUUUCUUCACUUUGCUGUGCAAGAAGACACUGCUUUGCUAUAUUUAAAACGGCUUUUUUAAAAAGAGAUUUAUGUAUUUGGUAAAUGUUUGUAGUCAACAGUUCACACAAGAAGCUGUACACGGUUUGAUCACUUAAAACCGUUUGGCGGCACAAGCUGGACUUUGUUGCCAUCCUUGAGAUGAACCUUUUAAGAAAAAUAAGUUAAUCUCAAUUUUUCCCUGAAUGUGUUGUUUUUUCUUCAUUAUACAAUAAAUAUUAUAGUGAACUUUUUAUCAAAUGGUUAAGAAAAUGCUAGAGGUUGUUGUAAACUAUUUGUAUCCUGCACUCACUACAGUAAAGACGGACUGGCUUUUCCUGUGUA